CAACCCCAUUUACAAUUUUCUUCCUCCUCAAUCCUCAUUUCGUGUCUCAUUGAGAGACAACCAGAGGACUUCUUCCUCUUGCUUGGUGUCUUCAGUUCAAGGUGCCACAGAGGUUUCUCACAAAAUCAUCACAAAUCCACCAAAACUGACCUUCUAAUUCUUCAAUUAAUCGAAGAAGCCAAAACCCCAAACCCCAUAUCUAUCUCCUCCCUGUGAAAACCCGAAACCAGAUCCCUCGAAAGCCUGCGCUCUCGCCUCGCUGGUGUUCUCCGAGGCUGCCGGAAAUCCGCACCACUCUCUCCUCCUCUGUUUCGUCGCUGCUAGUGUUGUUCGUGGGGUGUCGCCCUGCGCUGCUGCUCCUCAUCGGCUCGCGCUGCUGCUGUUGGUCGUUGUUGUCGCCGUUGCUCUAGUUUGGCCACCACGAUUCAGUAGCUCGCCGGAUCAUCCUCUUCCGAAAAAUGAGAGAGAGAAAAGUUUUGGUGGCAAAUUAAAGUCUUUGGACGAGAUUGAAAUCUUACAUCUUCCGAAAAUCUCAAGGAUAUUUGGCAUAAUGUAUGUUGCACAUAUACUGUUGUGAGAAUUCGAAGAUUAUUUCCUGGAUGAAAUUUAUUAGCAUAUUGGAAGGUUAAGAUGAUUCAAGAAGGAAAAAGCCUAGUUGAUAUGUUUUAACGCAGACACUUUGUUGUGAGGUGCUGCUGUUCCUAACAAAGGGGAACUCAGUGAAAAUUAAUGGAGAAGCCAGAAAAUUCUGAUAAAGCUGAAUCAACUGCUUUUAAUAGUGGUGCAAGAACAGGUGCCUUUGGGAAUUUAUUUGGCUUUUCAGGUGUUAAGAAGAGAGGCCAUGGAAGUCGUUCAUGGAUAAAGAUUGAUCAGAAUGGGAACGCAAAAGUUUUGGAGCUUGAUAAGUCCACAAUUAUGAGAAAUUGUUCCUUGCCUUCUAGGGAUCUUCGGCUUUUGGACCCAUUGUUUAUCUAUCCUUCUGCGAUAUUGGGAAGAGAAAAGGCCAUUGUAGUGAACUUAGAGCAGAUCAGAUGCGUAAUCACUGCUGAUGAAGCUUUUGUGAUGAAUUCUUUGGAUGGCUCUGUCAUGCAGUAUAAGACAGAAUUGUGCAACCGACUUCAGGCUACCAGAGAUCAAGCUGAUAUAUUGCCGUUUGAAUUUAAAGCACUUGAAUUGGCUUUGGAGUUAACAUGCACGUCCCUUGAUGCCCAGGCAAAAGAAUUGGCUUCAGAGAUACGCCCUGUGCUUGACGAAUUGGCUUCAUCUAUUAGCACCCUGAACCUGGAACGGGUACGGAGAUUCAAAGGCAACCUCCUUGGUUUGACUCAGCGAGUUCAGAAGGUGCGCGAUGAAAUUGAGCAUCUCAUGGAUGAUGAUGGUGAUAUGGCAGAGAUGUACUUGACGGAGAAGAAGGAGAAAAUGGAGGGUCAUACGUCAAAUGAUUCAGACAUAGAAAACAUUCCAUUGAUCGGUGUGAAAUGGAUAUCAAAAUCUGCACCGGUUUCACCUGUUGCACCUGUUUCUCCUGGGGCUGUUACAAAUGGACCCCUAAAGUUGCAGAGGGCUUUGAGCAGUAUUACCAGAUCAAGCAGGCAAGAAAGCUUUACAACAAGUUCUUCCAGUCAGAAGGAAGACAUUGUUCAGCUUGAGAUGUUGCUUGAAGCAUAUUUCGUUUUCAUUGACCACACUCUAAGCAAGUUAUCAUCACUCAAAGAGUACAUUGAUGAUACGGAGGACUUGAUCAAUAUCAAACUGGGUAAUGUUCAGAACCAGCUGAUACAAUUCGAAUUGUUGCUGACAGCAGCAACAUUUGUUGUUACGAUUUUCGCUGUUGUCACCGGUGUUUUCGGGAUGAAUUUUGAGACUGCAGUCUUCAACAAUCCAAUUACAUUCAAUUGGGUUCUAAUUAUUAGCUCCAUUGCAUGUGGGACCAUAUACUUCUGUUUUCUAGUUUAUUUUAAAGGGAAGAAAUUAUUUCCUGUGUAAUUACUGAAUGUCUUUGCAUAUAUUGUAAGCUAGCAGUUUUUGGCUAAUAAUUAAUCCAAUAUUUUAUCAA